GGAGAGAGGGAGAGGGAGAGAGAGAGAGAGAGCGAGAGAGAGAGAGAGAGAGAGAAUCCAGUGUGGUGUCUUCACCAUUAAUUCGCGGUCCAAAUUCCGUGCGCCCUUGUGCACCUUCACUGGAAAUCUUCGACUCCACAUAAAACCCCGCAGAAUCUUUGGACUAUGGAGUUCUCCACUCUUGUUCCCGACGAGCUGCGUGACGUGCAGGAGCUUGGUCACUCCGUCUCCUUAACUCCUAUUAAUGUCACGUUUUCUGAGGAUCUGCUCCCGCUUUCUUCACAAGGCAACGACACCGGCGCAGACGCAGCCAGAGACACGACAAGUCUGAUCCUCGCCGUUUGUAUCACGGCUCUCUACUCCCUCAUCUGUGUGGUGGGACUGCUGGGAAACGUGCUUGUCAUGUAUGGAGUGGUCAGGUACACCAAGAUGAAGACCGCUACCAACAUCUACAUCUUCAACCUGGCCCUCGCGGACGCUCUCGCCACCAGCACCCUCCCCUUCCAGAGCGCCAAAUACCUGAUGAGGACGUGGCCCUUUGGGGAGCUGCUGUGCAAGGUGGUCAUCGCCAUAGACUACUACAACAUGUUCACCAGCAUCUUCACGCUCACCAUGAUGAGUGUGGACCGCUACAUCGCCGUGUGUCAUCCGGUGAGGGCCCUGGACUUCCGUACACCCGCCAAAGCCAAGCUUAUUAACGUGUGCAUCUGGAUCCUCGCCUCUGCUGUCGGGGUUCCUGUGAUGAUCAUAGCCGUUACCAAGGUGACAGAUAAAGGAACUACAGCCUGCACACUCACAUUUCCCAAACCAGAGUGGUACUGGGACACACUGAUGAAAAUCUGUGUGUUCAUCGUGGCCUUUGUUGUGCCUGUCCUGGUCAUCACCAUAUGCUACGGUCUAAUGAUCCUACGACUGAAGAGUGUCCGCCUGCUUUCAGGCUCCAAAGAGAAAGACAGGAACAUGCGGCGGAUCACCCGCAUGGUCCUGGUGGUCGUGGCCGCCUUCAUCGUUUGCUGGACUCCCAUCCACAUCUUCAUCAUUGUCAAGACCAUGGUGGAUAUUGACCACAAGGAUCUCCUAGUCAUGGCCACCUGGCAUCUGUGCAUCGCUCUGGGCUACACCAACAGCAGUCUCAACCCGGUGCUGUACGCCUUCUUAGACGAGAACUUCAAGAGGUGCUUCAGGGAUUUUUGCCUGCCCUAUCGAUCCCGCCUGGAGCAGAACAGCUUCUCACGAGCACGCAACAGCACGCGGGAGCCUGCGUCCGUUUGUGCGCCUGUGGGGACAGAGGGACCGCCCGCCUGACUAGACAUGGGUCAGUUCGGGGGCGGGACAGUUCAGGACGACCUCCAGACUGAGGUCACACAAUUUUCCACCACAGGAGUUUGAGUCCGAGCAUCGUCAAGACAACAUAUUGAUUGUGGGGUUUUUUUUCGAAUUCCUGUAAUGAAAUUAGUUGGCAAACAUGUUUAUGAGACACGGUCCUUCAUGGAUUAUCUUUCAGGAUGAUGACAGCCAUGUCUGCACAUGAGGGAAUGGAACACUAUGGAGUAUAUAGACUACGGAGUCUAUAUGAAGAACAUGCUUAUUGCGCUCUCACACACACACUACAGUCACUACAGAGAGUUGCAUGUUUGUUUGUUUUACUCCAAAAACACAGAUAUGUGAAAGGCUUUCUCUUGAACCAGUUCUAGAUUUGUCAAUUUUCCAUUGGCUAUUGUCAGCUUUGCUGAACAUUAGUGUAGAUUAUUUGCACACACACACACACACACACAGAUAUAUAUAGGGCCCAUUCUUAUGUAAUGGUAACACAGAGGUGCUUAGUUUCACUUUAGCUGUACACCAAACACACCUGGCCUUUUAGUGCUUACACAGAGCUUUAAUAAUGUCUGUUGGUCUUCACAACAAUGUAGGACUCAUGUCUUCUCAAUGCACAUAUAGUUAGAUAGGAAAUAAUCCCCUAAUACACAGACGAGGCCAUGCCUGAGAGUCUUUGUACAGCCCGUGUAUGAUAGGAUGAGUCUAUAAUCUACACUCACUGAAUCCCACAAAAAUAUGUUUUUCACUUUUCACGGCGAGCAGACGGAGAAAAUCCCCUGGUAGCAGGAGGACAUGAAGGUGGCAAUAGCACAGGACGGGCAGAGCAUCCACAAGGAAGACACUAGAGUGAUUCAUUGUUACGCACUGAUUUGCAUUUAAAUAUAAAUGAGUUUAUUGAGGCUGUGAAAUGACUUUCUGUUUUAGAAAUGUGGAUAAAACAGCACUUAGACAAAAAUAUGAUGUGAGAAUGAACCCCAUAAUGAAGUCGCAGGCAACAAUAAACAAAACACUAAUACUCUCUAAGUCUGAGGGGAACCCGGUAAUAAACUGUGGACUUGUUAUUAUAAGCCUCUCCUUUCACAUUACACAUCACCGUCAUCAAAUCUACAGCAGCUUUAAUGUUGAAUCUCAUUUGAAACUCUUGAGAUUGAAGAUUCAAACUCUCCACGGAGCCGACACAAAUAAAUGUGCAUCUCUUUCCAAAUCUAACAGGCCAUAAAUCAUGACUGUCACCCAGCCUCAGUGGAGAGGUACAAUAAUGUGAAUAAUGUGUUUAGCUGAGACUCAAGAAUUACAGACAAAGGCUGCAUACACACACACACACACACACUGUAAUUAAAAAGUGGAAAUCAUCAUAUUUGAGCUUUGAGCCAUGUAUCUGUGUCAUUCCUCUACCUUAUUAAUGUGUGUCGCUGUACAGGUGACGUCUGAGGCGGAACAAAUCCGGAAUUCAUUGGCAAAAAAGACAUCUCCAUAUACACGUUACAACUAAUUAUGAACUAUUUUACCUUGGUGAUGUUUAGACGCUUGCUGUUUUUCACACAGUCAAGUCAGUGACAUUGUUUGCAGAAUCAGUAUAAAGAUAAUACUGUUAUGUGACAGCAUAGUAUAUAGAUAAUGUAUUCUUUUUUUUUUAUUGUUGUUCAAAUGUGCUGUCAAGUUGUUGUACCACUGAGCUUUACUUAGAAUGAAUUAUGUAUUUACACGAAGUGCUUUUUGUUCACCUUGGAAAAAGAAAGUAAAAGAAAAAAAGUCUUUAACGUUUUACAGCUUUUUACUUUCUAAAUGUUUUCUGCAUUGUUGAGGACAGUUUAUUCAGCUGAAUGGAAAUCUGUACCAUGAUGCCUUCGGCGUUACGAGUUCUCUUUGCAAAAAAGUGAAUUUGUUUUUUUUAGAGUUAGACGUUUUUUUAUGAGUUUCAGUCAAUACAGUAUAGAUGUGCUUUCGUCCUUUCGCUGAAUUAGCACAAGAUGUAUCGUGUAAGAGCUUUGGUUUUGAAACAUUUAUUACAGUUUUGAUUAAAUAAAUAGUAUUUUUUUGUGUGAUCGUUAUUAUAGAUGUUAUAAUAACAACUUGUACUCUGUAAAUGCCAGUGAGGCCUCAUAGGAGUUACACAUAUAAUUAGUUUGUGCGAUGAAGUAUCGAUUACCGCUUGGGUCGAUGUGGAUUCAGGGCCCAGUGGCCUUUGACCCCCCCUGGCAGCAGCCGGUCACAGGAGGAAAGCAGAAAUGAAUGAGAUGCAUCGGAAAUGAAUGUGUAAACGUGACAGAACGGAAUAAAAGCACAAUGUAUAAUAAGUCAGGGAUGGAUCAUGGAGGUGCCAAAUCAUUCUUUCAUCUAAAGGCUUGUGAUUUUCUACAUUUACAGGAUUGUCAACAAAUCCUAUCAUCUCCCGCAGCCUGUCUAUAGAUUUGUGCCCCAAGCUGAAGAUGUAAAUAUUUAAAUAGAUAGAAAAAUGUAUUUUAUAAACAAAAAAGAUAUGGUAUACUAUGUAUGAGGGAAUUAGUGUGCUUCUGAUAUCUUUGGACAGUAAAAAUGUCUGGGUACAUGGGUGCAGUAUUUUACAUCAGGGUUUGGCUGCACAUAUGUAAUAAGUAUAUUUGUAUGAGCUUAUUGUAAGUAUUGUUGUUAUUGCUAUUGUUGUCCAGCCACAAAAUGUGUUGAAUGUAGGCUCAUCGCCAGCCUUGUCCUGACAAUUAAACCGCUCUAAAGUCUGUAACUGAGCACAAAGUCAGUCGAACCCCAUCAUUCAACUGUUGUAAAGUC